CAGAGGGAGAGAGGGAGAUAUAGAAUCCCAAGCAGGCUCCAGGCUCCGAGCUGUCCGCAUAGAGCCCCACGCAGGGCUCGAACUCACAGCCGUAUUUGAGCGCACCGUACUUUACUUACCUCUCUACACUGAUCCUUUGCAGGUUCCCCGUGUCUUAGGCAUCUUCGUGUCCUGUCUCCAGGUGGCCUCCGUGAAGGCUGCUCCGUUUUAAUUCGCCGCACUCUGUCACCAAUGGCUUUGGAUUCAGCUGUCUUCACCUAGAGCUGGACAUCGCGGGGCGUGGAAGUGAAGCCAGGCCCCAGGUCCUAACACACACACGUGGGGAGGAACCGCUGUCCAGAUUUAUAACGUGGGCUGGCAAUUCUCUCUAAAUGUUUAAUCUUGAAAUCAUUUGUUACAUCACCCCUGAAAACAGCUGCUGCCAGUCAAGAGGUGCGCUAACUAAAUCAUCUCUGGAAGGCCACUGCAGGCCUCGCCACACCCGAAGUGCCGUAACCCCCUUGGUCCCACCAGUUUAUAGUGGAGCGGGAUCUGUGAAAACCGGAUUCCAGACACUAGCCCAACAGCCUUGUUCCCGAACAUCCCUGGCCUAAGGAGCUAUCAAGGUUAGAAAGAUCUGAUCAAGGUGCGAGGAGAGCCAUCCAGAGGCUUUUUCCUCCGAGACGCCUUCCUCAGCGGGGCCUGGGCCCCUUCAGCGUCUUCAAAGGGAAGACGGAGAUGUCCUUCAACCGCCUUGGAGGCUGCCCUAGUGGGGAAUCCUGACCCUGUCCUCCCUGUGAUUUCGUCGAGUGCCGUGGGACAAGACGGCCUCCACAAGAAACCCUCCCGGGCGGGCCUUCCCACCUACCUCUUGCAGCCCGACCAUCUUGGCUCAGCCCUCAAGUCCCUCGAGACGUAGCCUCCCGCCCAAAGCGCUCCUCCCCCUGUGAUUGGCCGCCUGAGGAGCCUUCGGCCAAUGGGGAUGACGUAUUCAGGCAGACGUCAGCCCGCGGGCUGGGGGAGGAGGAAGGACGUCGGGCCCCGCGACGCGCCGUGCGCGAGGGCCACAGCGCGAGGUGUGUGGCGCUGGCCGCGUGGCCUCAGGCCCUGGCUGUCACCACCUGCCGGUGCAUGAGGGUGCCGGGCCCGCAGCGGUACGAGGGCACCAGGGUGUGGCUGCAAAGCUUGUGUGGCCGGAGGUGGUGGUGAGGGCGGGCCUCCGGGAGCCUCACGCUCCAUUCCCAGAAACCUUUGCGCCUAGAGGUCUGUCUUCAAAGGAGUUGGGCCGGGGCGCCCAGAGCGUGAGGGGCGCCCAGCCUUGCAGGGCCUGCUGUGAAGCCCUGCUUUUCCCGCCAACCCCGAUUCCUUGCUUCUGGACGCGGAGCGUAACCCUCAGGCCGUGGGCCCACCUGUGCCGCUCUGCUAACCCUCCCCCGCGCAAGGCUCGACUUUGGGAGGAAGCAAGGCAGGCUGGACAGAAGACCCGAGCACCAAGAGGACGCCAAGAGCAACUUCUGCAGAGCUAUUCCAGUUUGACGGGAACCGUUCAGAGCCGUCGGUGCCACCUGACAGAAAACUGCAUGCCAGGAAAGGAACGCCAGCUGUGCAGUGAGUGUGGGGGUUUCAGUGCAAAAAGCUGGAAAUGGAGUGAGCCUGAAGUCAGAAUAGCCAGCUUGUUUCGGGAAGGGAAGGAUGCUUAAUUAUCCUUGCUCCGUUGUUAGCCAGGUGAUUAACCAGACUGACAAACCGAACGGCCAAAUCCUUUGCCAGUUUCCAGGCCGCGUGAGGCUCGCUUUGGUCAAGAACAUCUGAAGCAAGGGUGGCAACGUCCUUCUUUCUUUCUGUGAGAGACCUUCCCACGGAGUCCAGCACCUGCUUUUCUUUACUGUGCACCCUCUGCUGGAAUCUGAUCUGUGAAAACGUAGGUUAAGAGACCAACAUGUGCUCUCCUGCCAGUUCCAAAAUCCUAUAUAGGAAUCCCCGGUUUCUGCGGUUGGCUUUUGUGCAGCUUCAUCACCAGCAACAGAGUGGUGUGUUCUGCGAUGUCCUUCUGCAGGCAGAAGGUGAGGCAGUUCCAGCCCAUUGCUGCAUCCUGUCAGCCUGCAGCCCCUUCUUCACAGAGCGCCUGCAGCGGGAGAGGCCAGCUCAGGGUCGGAAGGUGGUCCUGGAGUUGGGGGGCUUGAAGAUCAGGACACUCAGGAAGCUGGUGGACUUCUUGUAUACCUCAGAGAUGGAAGUAUCUCGAGAAGAAGCCCAGGAUGUGCUUUCUGCUGCCCGUCAGCUCCGUGUCUCUGAGCUAGAAUCCCUUCAGCUAGAGGGUGGGAAGUUGGUGAAGGCCCCCCCGGGCCGAAGACUGAACCGGGAGUGCUUACAACCUCCAAGUCCUGCACCAAUCUCUGCCAGGGUGGUGGCAUCCACCCGCCGCCCUCGGACUCCACUGCCUGUGACCCAGACUCCUUGUCCUCUUGGACUAGUGAGACUGAAGUCCUUGGGAAAGGAGGAGGGGCCCCUGGAGAAAAGCAACCAACAGAACGCAGAGAACUCGUCUGGCAAUCUUCUGCUCAAGAGGAAGGCCAGAGCUUGCCCAACUCCACAAGAAAAAAGCUCUUCACCAUCAAGCCACAGUCAGGGACCUAAAGAGAACAAGAGCGACUCUGCCCUUGCUCCUACAGCAGUUUCCCCGCCUGGUAUGUACCCCUCUGUGGAUGAGCGACUAUUGCCCAGAAAGAUCAGACUCAGUCGCUCAAAACCAUCUCCUGAUGUCUGUACACCCAAGCCUUCCAGCACUGUGAGUGGACCCAGCUCAGUACCGACAGCCCCUGGCCGGCGUCUUUGGCGGCAGAAGAGUAUAAAUAAAGGACCAGAAGACAAGGAGAAGCCAGGGAGAGCUAGUCCUCUCCAAAGCAUCCCAAGCCCAUGUGGUCUUGGAAACACAGGUGGGAACAAGAAGCGGAGCCCUGAAGUCAGGGCACCAAACUCAGACUCUGCAGAGGAGGGGCAGGUUGGAAGGGUGAAACUUCGGAAGAUUGUCAACGGGACAUGCUGGGAGGUGGUACAAGAGCCUCCCCUCAAAAACUCUCAAGAGAGCCCUCAGAUCCCAGAACCUGAAUGCUCGGAAGAGCCUGCAGGGACGCAUCCAUCCUCCGUGAACCAGCAGGAAAUGUUAUCUGCCAGAGUAGAUCUGUGUCAGGACUCCCCCGUGUGCUCCAGGCUACAAGAUCUCCUGCUCUCUGCUAGCCACUCCCCAGACCGCCCAGUGGCAAAGUCUGAGUUUGGGUCCAGUCCAGAGCCGGUAGGGAAGGAGCCCGGGUUGGAUAUGGACUGCAGAGAACACUACGCAUUUGACGCAGCCCUGCUGGGGCAGCCGUGCGAGGCUGAGGAGUACCGCAUCACCAGUGCUGCUGCCACCAGUGAGCUGGAGGAGAUCCUGGACUUCAUGCUGUGUGGCUCAGACAUUGAGCCCCACACAGGGUCUCUGGAGAGUCCUGGAGCCGAGGGCUGCAGGACCCCUAAUUAUCACCUGGCAGAUACAGGAAAGAACUGGAUCGAAGGGGAGGAAUGGUGUCUGCCAGACAUGGAACUCUGGCCCAGAGAGCUCACAGGAUUGGAAAAGGAACCUGUUGGGGAGAACAAAGAGCCAACAGAGCCCUUUAGCCCCCUUGUCGUGCCCUCUGAGAACAAAGAGCCAGAUGAGUCCCUCAGCCCCCUUGUCAUGCCCUCUGAGGUGAGUGAAGAGGGGGUACUUUCAGUAGGAAGCCCUUGGACUCCAGAUCUGGAAAUUAUCAGUUCCCAGCCACUGGAUGGUCAGAGAGAGAAGCUUCUCCACAUUGACUCUCUCGACGUUCCUCAAAGGUCCUAUGAGGAUCUCUCACCCCCCUGUUCAAACUGGAUGGACGCUAGGCCAGAAGUGUCCCUAAGUAUGGAUGAGGUAUUAUACCCUGCUCCAGAGGCAGGCAAGGAGGAACUUGGCAACUCCGGAUCGUUGGACCCACUUCCUGCCAGCUCGGAAGAGGAAGAGAUUGAUGUUGUGGACUGGACGUCAGAGGGGAGGCUGGUGCCCACGGGUAUUCCUUCUGUGUGGCCCGACCCUUCCUCAGAGUCAGACACAGAGGUAGACAUACUAACGUAGAACAGGUAGUGCAGGUUAGCGGCAGGGGGAGGGUGGGAAAUGUUGACUAGCAAAAGGUGUAUUGGUAGAGGCUAGCACGUGCCCUGUCCCCUUAGCAGGAGAGGCGGGUGUACUCCCAGCUCUUGGUCGGUCCCUUCCUCUCCUCCCCAGGCUUUGGGAGCCAAGCAGAAGUAGUACCAUGGGUACAGAAUUAUGAACCUGAACCAUCUUAUUUCUUUGUAAUCUAUUUUCCAGUUAGUGAUAAACAAGUCAAACUAUAAACUGUGUGGUCCCCAAAUCUACUAGGUCAUAAAUAACCAAUGCCAGGUAUCCUAAGUCAUAAGACCUCUAGUCACUGCUAAUUUAAUAAUAAAUGAGAAAAAACACCCUCUGAAACAAAGCGUUUCAGAAGGUUCCAAACAGUGCUGGGGUGGGACAACUGGGUUAAGAGUGACAAGACAUUUUCCAGUACCUACUGUGGGGCUUAUUCAAUCCAUUAUUGAAGUUCCAGUCAAACCUCUGCAGGGGCCAAAAAGAUAGAACUCCCAUCAUCACUUUGAAGAAGUGAGUUAAAAAGAAAUACAUGCUUUAAAAAAAAAUAAA